AUGAUGGCUAGAAAUCAGUUCCGGAUCAUAGUGGGAUCGUAUGAGCACAAUAUACUCUGCUUGUCUAUCGACUUGUCGUUAUCAACUCCGGUUUUUACACCAAUUUUUCACUUUCAAGCCCAUACACUAAGUGUCAAAUGUUUGGAUAUCUCAGGAAGAUAUCUUGUAUCUGGUUCUAAUGAUGAAAAUAUAAGGAUCUAUGAUUUGCAGAAGCGCAAAGAAUUGGGUACUCUGUUGGCUCAUCAAGGGUCUAUCACGGCUUUAAAAUUUUCCAACCGUGCAACUGACAACCAGGAGGAAACCGUUUCUGUAUCAGGGAAGAAAGCUCCAGCAGGUAAGUGGUUACUAUCAGCAUCUGAAGACAAUCACGUCAUCGUAUGGAGAGUAAAAGAUUGGGAGAACUUCGGUACUUUAAAGGGACAUACCGCUCGGAUCAAUGACGUCGACAUCCAUCCAUCUAAUAGGAUCGCCAUUAGCGUUAGCGAAGACCAUAGUAUACGUCUGUGGAAUUUGAUGACAGUUAAGAAAGCAGCCGUCUUAAAGCUGAAAAACUACUCGCAGAACGCUCAGUUCGUUAGGUGGCUGGGGCAGGAUGGCGCCUACUUCGCUGCAGCGCUGCUGAAUAAAGUAUUGAUAUACAAAACGUCUACCGCCAAAGUUCACAGUGAGAUCGACUUAGGUAGACUCUCUGUUAUGCACAUAGAAAGGACGACUAUCGACGGGGAAGACUACCUGGCUGUGGGAUUGAGCAACGGACGUGUUAACUUUUACACUGCGAAGUCCUUGUACGAGGAAAAUAUCAAGGAUGUGCAGCCAGUAUUUGAUCUGUUGGGUCACACUAAUAGAAUCAAAGAUUUCAAGUUUUAUGAGAAUGAGUGUGGAUCCUAUUUAGUGACUAUCGGUUCCGAUGGUAAAGUAAUCGUUUGGGACUUGAAUAAGAGAGAACAGUUGGCCGUUUACGAUGCCGGUGAAAGGCUAAACUGCCUUGCUAUAUGCGAUGAGGCAACAGAGAAGUACGAAACCAUAAACAAACGGGAAGCCACAAUAGAGAUAGAUGAGCAGAGUGAAGUUGAACAUGAUGUUGAAGAGUUGAAACAGGAGAUGUUCGGAAAGACGAGGAAGAAGAGCAAUAAGCACAAGAAGAGAAAGGGUAAUAAGAAAGUCUCUAUAGAAAUGGAAUAA